AUGGCUGACUGGAGUGCUGAUGAGAUGCAGCUUCAGCUGGCCUCCGCAGAGGACCCGGGGCCCCUGGGGCCCUGUCACGCAUGCCCCCAGCCCGAAGGGGCCUCAGGGGAGGUGGCAGAGAUGGAUGGGGACCCAGACGGGGGACCAGAUCCUGGGUCCCAAGACGAGACCCAGGCCCAGGCCCCGGCCCCAGGCGCCACCCACCUGGGUGAAGCCGUCCUGGGGCUCCCUUUCCCGAGGAAGCUUUGGAUGAUGGUGGAGGACGACAGCCUGGAGUCCGUGCGCUGGGGCGACUGCGGGGACACCGUGGUCAUCGAGAAGAGCCUCUUCAAGACCGAGGUCCUUCAGCGCAGCGGCCCGGACAGAAUCUUCGAGUCGGACAGCCUGAAGAGCUUCACCAGGCAGCUGCACCUCCACGGAUUCAGCAAAAUCCGCUCACCGAAGGACAAGGGGAUGGUGAUCUACCGCAGCAGCCGCUUCCUGAGAGACCAGCCCGAGCUCCUGGACAGCAUUGAGGGCAAAGGCAGCCAGAGAAGGGCGGCGCGCCAGGGGCCCCGCACGCCAGCGCCAAAGCGGCAGCGGCAGGAGGCGGCUACGCGACGCUCCCUGCGACUCCUCCAACUUCAUGCCAACAGGGAGGCCAGGGAGGAGGCCCAGGAGGCCCCGGCCGCUCAGGCUGCUGAGGGCGCCCAGUCAGCACUCUCCGGGGUCUUCUGGCCCUUGAGCAGUGAGGCGGGGAGCCCCGAGGAAGGCUGCUGCCCCAGCAGCCCCAGCGGGGAGCUGAGGUCCGGGGACGACUCCUUCGGGCCCUGGGCCUCUGCUGAGGAGGAGGGCGAGGACCAGCUGCCCGGCAGCCCCCCGCCCUCCCCCGACUACGCGUCCGUGCUGGCUCUGUACAACACCUGCUACUCCAUCCUGCUGGCCGCGCUGUCCGUCAUGGCCCCCAACGAGGAGGAGUCCAACGGGGAAGAAGAGCCCGACGGGGGAGAAGAGCAGGACGGCGCCUCUGUGUCUAACUGCGCGCUCUGCGAGCAGUUCAAGGACAACCCGCACCCCUGACUGCCCAGCCACCGGUGACCCGAAACGGGGGCCGCUUACUAACCGUGAAUCUUUUGGUUUUAAUAAAGAGAUGCCAAGUCUCGGGGAGCAAUAAAGAGAUUCAGCAGCAUCGCGAGUCUGUGCCUUUCUGACCUCGUCCUGCGCACGCCCCUGCCCGGACCCGGGAGCGGGGAGCCGGGAGCCGGGAGCCGGGAGCCGGCAGCAGGCCCCACAAGCCUGCCAGCCCGUGUGCUUGCCAGGGCAGCAGCUGGGGGCCCCCCUCCGCCUGGGUGCUCAAGUGGCAGAGUCUCUCGCGGGGGAGGGGAGAGGAUGCCAGGAACUUGAGACCGGACGGUGCCCGGAGCCCCAGGCCCAGACCAGGGCCUGGAGCAGGCCCGCCUCCAACUGGCAUCUCCCUGCCGCCCACGCCCACGGGAGACGGGCCCCCAGCAGCACCGGAGGAAGGCCUUCGUGCCACAGUCCACACCCACGAGAAACCUGGCUCCGCAAGGACCCGCAGCGCUGGGCUGGGGGGCCUGCCCACAGGCGGGCGGCAGUGUGCCAGGCAGUGAACACACAGGCUUCGGGCGCAGGCCCAGUGAUGACAGCAGCGUCAUGGGGACAGACGGGCCUCCGUCUCGAGGGCCGCUGUCCUGUCCUUCGGGGAGGAGGCCGGCCGGGCCGUCCCUCUCGGGCCCUGGCUCAGCGUCACCGCCAGGUUCUCCACCAGGUCCCCCGCCGCCGUCCUCUCAGACACCUCUGUUGGUACCACCCGGACACGGGGACCAGAGUUGGGGCCACUCCCGGACAAGGGCUGGCCCUGCCUCUUCCUCCAAGCCCCAGCCUGGAAGCCAGGCAAGGAGCACAGGGAGGCCUCACCGAGGACCCGCUCCCUCGCCCCUGCGCCUGCGCCCGGGGCGGGGCCUGGCACGUGACCACUCUCGGGGUGGCUCUCUGCAGCCGCGGAGACCACGCAGCAUGAUGGCGUCUGGCCGG